AUGUUGCCAAAUUCCUUGUCCUUGUUGGGCAAGUUGACUCAUGGGGCUACCUUGUAUACAGACCUCGUUUGGCCGCGUCUACCUACCGCGUCGCCUUCCUCCCCUGCCAUCGCCCUGCGCUUUUCGAGCAAAGGUAUGCCCUAUCCCCCAAGUCAGUUGCAGUGUUUUAGUUACUAAUCGGACCUGCGCUCUUUGAGCAAAGCCGAUCGACCAUUUUUUUGAGCUCCUCCCUCCCACCCUACUUGUUCAUAACUCCUGUUUAGAAAACCCUCCGUUUGUUACGGAGUGCGGGUUUUUCUCUUAUCACUGCAACUCGACUCUUCCAUCCUAAAACAAACGCCACAAACAGCGCGCACUAUGGAGGAGUCGAAUAGCAAUGAGUUAGGCUCUCAGACCCCACCUCUAACAAGAAUUUCGUGGUUUACAUCAACGAUUGAACGCGACGGGAAGAAGUGUCAAGAAGGCGAAACAUCACCAGCUACCUGCACAUAAUCGAUCGGGAACACGCGGUCCUAUGGAGACAUCUGGCUCGACGACUCGGCGCGGCCUCCAUCGCUGGCCCGUGACGUUCAGCAAGUGCGGGGCAUUCAGGCGCAGAUGGAUAUGAGCGACGAGGCUCAACUCGCAAAGGAGGUGGGGCCUUUCUCCGCAUAACUCCUCGAGCAGGACGGUGAGAUGGGCAGCUCUUCGGAUGAAAGCUACGGCGAUGACUUUGCUGGUCAGGAAGACGAAUACUUCUCGGGCGUUUAG